UAUUAUUUUAAUGGGGCAACAGCACAGAAGUGAAAUACUUUUCUGAUACCGGCUACAAUGAUUCCAAACCAAUUGGAUUUGAUUUUUUGUUGGGAACCGAUUUUUGCGCACCCCUAAAUUGUAAAAUUGUAUUUCUUUGAACAUCAGUCCUUGGUGCUGCAAUUUUGGUCGAAGAUGAAGAAUUGGUCGAAGGAGGGUUGGAGGUGGCUAUCUAAGAUUGAUUUUCACGGAAAUGUUGCUUCGAAGGUGAUCGUGACUCGCCGAUUUGGAAGCGGCGUUAACGGUGGAAAGGAAAAUGAAAUGGAUGUUCACAAGUUGACGAGGGAGUUCCUGGUAAAGCUUUGGGUUGAUGAUAGAAAAAUGAGAAACCCUAGAGACAGAGUUAAAUCAUUCGGAGGUUAUGGUGACCCCAGGUGGUUUUCCGCUACAUCUGCUGUCCCCAGGAGACCUAAACGACGUGCCGUUUUGAAGCAGCCCCCUAUUAGUCAAUCUGUCUCUGACUUUUUUGAUCCGCAGUCUCCCGAAGAGGCCAAGGUAGCACCGCUGCUUGCCAGGUCCAACUUGCUAAUUACCAGAGAUAUCGAGUGGGCAAAUCUUGUACUAGGCUUUGAACAGGAAAAUCGAUAUGCCAUUGUAGAUGCUUGCUACCCUCAGUCGCCCGUAGGUUUUAUUCGUGAACAGAGCAACAUCAUUGCCAGACAGUUGCUUCGUCUUAGGCGGCCAUUUGUUGCAUACAUAACUGAUGCCUUGGGGAACGAGCUCUUUAGGGUUCGCAGACCCUUUUGGUGGAUAACAAGCUCAAUUUAUGCAGAAAUUGAUGGUAAGGAAGUUGGAGUAGUUCACAGGCGAUGGCAUCUUUGGAGGAGAAUCUAUGAUUUGUACUUGGGGAAUAAGCAAUUUGCUGUGGUUGAGAAUCCUGGCUUAUGGAAUUGGACAUUCACAUUGAAAGAUAUUAAUGGUGAGGUACUUGCUCAAAUAGAUCGUGAUUGGAGGGGUUUUGGCUUUGAGAUUUUGACUGAUGCUGGUCAGUAUGUGAUUCGAUUUGGGAGUUCUGAUCCCAGCUCCAAGAUUGGCCUUGCUAGUGCAAUUGAAGACCUGGAAGUCAGUCGCAAACUGACCCUUGCAGAGAGAGCUGUAACUGUAGCUCUUGCUAUAUCACUAGAUAAUGACUACUUCUCAAGACACGGGGGCUGGGGACUACCCUUCUUUGUUGCCGAAGAGUAAAUUUGAUUUGACAGACAGUGUAAUCUGGUUAUCGACUGCCAAUGUAGUCCCUGAAGCCAUUCUCUGCCAAGUAGCUUUUAAAAAUUGAAGGUGUUCUAAGCUAAUACCAAUGUUGACUCUGUUUCCAUACUCUUGAUAGCUGCAGUGGGGUCCAUUUAUUCAUGUAACAAAAUCAAAAUUUUAACUCUGCUAUUUUUGCCUGUUGUUGAUUCCUUUUGCUGGAUGGCAAGGGAAUGAGAUAAUUAUUCCUAUGUUAUUGCUUUGUUUGUUGGGUAAAAGUAGAUUAAGAUGCAUUUUUAUUCCUUGUACUCUCAUCAGAGUUUCAUUUUGCUCCCUAUGAAAAUUAAAGCACAGCUACUGGGACAUUUGAUCUUUGAA